AGUUCCAAAAUGGCUGGAUGAAAGCUUGCUAUGAAAGCUAUUGAUUGGGUAGCAUUUGGCAAGGUCAUACCCCAAAAUCAGAAGGCCAUUGCUAAUGCCUUGAAAUCCCAUAAUGAAUAUCUUACUACCAGAUUGGUUACCCUGGCCGAGAAGCCACAAGUGAUCAACUGGGCUUACUACAAGGAACACGUGGCUAAGCCUGACCUUGUGGAAGAGUUUGAGAAGAAGUUCAAUGAGCUGAAAAUUCCUGUGCCAGAAGACAAAUUCACUGCCUUAGUGGAUGCUGAAGAACAGGAAGAUGCAAAGAUUGGUGCUGAUUUCGUGAAAGCUUCAAAUGCCAGGAUUGCAGAUCUUCAGAAAGAGAUGGAAAAGAUCAAGAAUAUAAUUCCAUUUGAACAGAUGACCAUUGAGGAUUUGAACAAAGCCUUCCCUAAAACCACACUGGACAAGAAGAAGUAUCCUUAUUGGCCCCACCAGCCAACAGAGAACCUCUAAAAUUGGGCCUCAGAGAAAGCUGUGGCCCUCCUGUCACAUGCUCCUGAAAUCUGCAAUAAAGCAAUUGUACAGUCAAAAAAAAAAA